AUGGAGCAGGGGGACCGAUAUGCUGGAAAGCGUGCUGACUCUCUGGGCACAAUGCUGCGUAGUUUCGGGCCCCCACGGUCUUUGACUCUUUGCAGCCCGACCAUUCGUUAUUCCUCAACUGGCAAUAUUCCCCAAGAAGGCAAAGAAAAAGGAUUCACCUGUCAUUCAGGCGUGGAAUACAGCGUUCAUGGAGCAGGGAUACGACUUCACAAGCAACAUUUUGGGUGGGCAAAAGAUGUUGGCACUCGUGCCUAUGCGGCUACAGUAGACCCCGUCUCCGGCUCGCGCAGUAGUGCGGAUAGUCAAUACGGUAGGCCCAGCCGGUCAAACCUCAACAUCUUCACGGAAGCAACAGCCCGCAGGAUUAUCUUCUCCUCUCAGUCACUAGACGCCGUGGCUACUGGGGUGAAGGUCGAAUGGAAUAGAAAAAUUGUCAAUAUCAACGCAAAUAAAGAUGUUAUCCCUACCGCGGGUGCUUUCAAUAGCCCCAAAUGGCUCGAACUAUCAGGAGUGGGGCAAAAGGAUCGAUUGAGUGACUCUGGUAUUCCUGUGGUGAACGAUCAGCCCGGAGUAGGUGAAAUCCUACAUAAUCAUUUGAUGAGCGUUCUGCCGACCCCUCUCAAGGCUGAAGGGAUUAGACACAGCAUAAUGGCAUUGGCCUUUACCUGCCUCGAUGAAGAGGAACAGGAACAGGUGUUCUCAUCGAGCCUUAAAGAUGAGACCCUAAACGUGUCAUCAAAUCUAUUCUGCGUGGCCCUGAUGAGGCCUCUGCAUCUUCUCUUGAGCGUUAUGCUCGGGGGAAUUGCUCUCCUAGUCGUCAUUUCAAGCUUCACAUUCUCUCGUGGAAGCACUCAACAGGAUCUGGAAGUCAUCAAGAAAAUUCUGCGCGAGGCGGCUGCCUUGACCACCCACCAUACAUGUGGCACUGUCGCCAUGCUUCCCCGGCAGGCUGGGGGGCGUGGUGGAUCAAGAUCUCCGAGUCUAUGGGACGAAUAA